AUGAAAAUAAAAUAUUUAAAAAAUAUUUUUAUUUUUGUUUUUAUUAAUGUUUAUUUUGUUUAUUCUAUUGGAAUUAAUCAUUUAAAUAGAAUGGCCAUUCAACAUAAUAAUGGCCAUCAUUUAGGGGGGAAUAUUCCUCCUUUAACACAAACACAUUUAAAUAAUCAUUUCCCAACAACAACAAUAUCCCAAACAAAUUCUUUAAAUAAUAAUUUUAAUUUACCUUCUCCAACAAUUUCCCCAUUUUCUACAAUAAACCCUUUAUCAGAGGAACAAAAUAAACAAAUUCAACAUUCAUCUCCUAGCCAAACUAGUACUUUGAGAAAUUCUUUAAAUCAAAUACCUUCUACACCUUUAAUUAGUCAAAGUAGUAGUACUUUUCCACAAAAAUUACAAACAAAUAAUUUCCAACCUCUUUUCACUCCUACUCCUCAAAUAACUAAAUUUACCAAACAAAAUGUAGAUGAACAAUUUGGACAAAUACCUACUCCACAAACACCUACUAUUGGAAGAAGUUUACAAAAGACUUCAACAAAUCCUCAAUUUGUUGAACAAAAUAUUGGCACAAAACAAAAUGAAAUAAUACAGGGAUCUACAGGUCUGAAGGAUCAUUCAACUUUGGCCCCGCACCAACUACAAACACAUUCAAUAACCCCUCUUAAAUCAACCGAGUUCCACCACCACCAACAACAACAAUUUAAUAAUCCUUCAAUAACUACCCCAACUCAUUCUCAACAUACUUCAACCCCUCCACAACAUCCUUCAUGGCCAACCAAUGAAGAAACGAUACAAAAUUUACAAAAUACCCAAGUAGUCUCCCCACACACUUCCUCCCUUUCAAUAAAUCCACAACAACAAAAUUUAGCUAAUACAAUUAUUCCAUCAAAUUCUCAAUUAAAUUCUCCUCAAAAUUUACAUCAAUCAACAAAUCCAUUAUUACCUACUAAUAUUCCAUUACAAGAAUCUUUUUUAAAUGAAGGAGAAUCAACAACACCAUUUUCAAAUCAUCAAAACAUUCCUUCAAACACCCAACAAAAUAAUUUGAAUACAAAUUUACCUUUAAAUAAUCAAAAAUUAAUUAACAAUUUACCACUUUCUUUUUCUCAGAAUCAAAAUAUUCAUUUAGCUAAUACAGUUAUUCCGUCUCAAUUAAAUUCUCCUCAAAAUUUACAUCAAUCAACAAAUCCUUUAUUAAAUACAAACAAAUCACCAACAUUUAUUAACAAUCAAUUACCCCAAACACAACCUCAAAAUAAUUCUCCAGAGACAAAUUUUAAAUUACCACCAAAUUUACAAAAAUUAAAUUCUCAAGAAUUAAUUAGCAGUAGUAGCUCCCCUUCAACAUCCAAAAAUAAUUUAUUAAAUAAACAAAAUUUUAAUCAAAAUAUGCCAAAAACAUUGUUUAAUGGAAGAGAAUCAACAAUUAAUAAUAACCAAUUAUUAACAACCUCAACACAUCCACAUAAACAAAAUAAUUCCCAAAAUACUUCCCCAAUUCAUUCCCCAAUAAAAAAUAAAUUAGAAACCAAUUCCCAAACAUUAAAUUCACAACAAACACAACAAACACAACAACCAUCUCAAAUAAAUUCUAAUAUAAACACAACAACACUCCUUUCUACCUUAUCUUCAAAUAAUUCUUUUAAUUCACAACAUCAACAUAAAUCAAAUAAACAAUCAGAAAAACAAAAUAUAAUCACUAAUACACCUACUAAUUUAUUUUCAAAUCAAACAAAAAAUCAGAAUUUAAAAAAUAAUAAAAUAAAUAAAUCAAAUGAAGAAAAUCACUCUAAAACUAUUAAUAAUUUCAGAAAUUUAAAUAACUCAAAAGAAAAGAAUCACAAAAAUCCUACACAAAUAAAUAAUGAAACUACUUCUAAACAAAAUUUAUCAUCAAAAGAAAAAAAUGAAUUAAAUAAAAAUAAAUUAUUUGUAAAUAAUAAUGAGACAUCAACUACAAGAACUGAAAAUUUAAAUACAAAUAAUUUGAAAGAAAAUACUUCAAAUAUUGACAAAAAUGAAUUUAAUAAAUUUGGAAAAAUUGAAAAUAAAAAUAAAAUAAAUAAUUUAAAAAAUGAAACAAAUAAUAAUAAUUUAAUUUUAAAUGCAACAACAGCCUUACCAACAACAACAUUACCACAAAAAAUAACAACAACAACACAAGACCCAAUAAUUCGUAAAGAAUUAGAAAAAGUUGGGGCGCCUGAAAUAUUAAAACAAAUGGUCCCUCCAAAGCUAGAACCUGUUAAAUUACCUGAAAUUGCUAAAAAGAAUAUUGAAUCAAUUUGUGCAAACAGAAAAUGUUUAGGACAAAAACAAGAAUUUAAGGAGCAACGGGCAGUUGUUGUAAAACAAGAACAGGCUGUUGAGUUGAAAUUAAAGUAA